UUGCAUUUGUAAAGAAGCCUUUGCUGAGAUCAGGAAAUUGUUUUGUCCUCGAAUCCAAAUUGCAAGCACAGCAAGAAGCAGUUGAAAAUGGCUUCAAUGUGCCGAUCCGCCGCUUUGGCCGCCGUGAGAGCCUCUUCUCUCCGUUCUCAAAUCCUGCUGCCCAAAGCGUCUCCUUCCAGAUUAGCUUCUCCUCUGUUCGGCAGGUCGCUUGCUUCUGCGCUGGGAACCGUGGAUUCUCUGUGGCCUCUACACAACGCUGUCGCCUCCGCUCGUCUCAUAUCGAACAUAGCCGUUGAUUCCUCCUGCUGGAGCUGGCCCUCUCAAGGAACGACACGUAGGAAAGUCGCAGGUUGUUGUCCAAGGUGUCCAGCAGCACCAGGAGCAGGCCGAAUCCUGGCGGAUCCUUAUUGGGUGCUGUCCAGAGCCUUCCAUGAGUCCAGGUAGCUGUACCAACUGCUGUGAUUGCUGUCCAGAGGGCUCCGCACCAUUCCCUUGUUGUCCCAUCAAUUGGAGAGACUUCCGAAGGCUGUUCAAGGCAGCUAGGAAUUUCAGACUGCUGUCCAGUGUUUGCAACAUGCUGUCCAACACUUUGGGAAGCCAUACCACAUUGGAGCUGUCCAAGCUACUUCCCACUGGGUAGUUUGAUGUCCAGGGAAAUCUGCACAUGUUUUCUUGCUGUCCAGCCCGCUAGAAGGUCUUCAAACACUAUCCGGAUAUUCCAGAUCGCUGAUCACACCUUCAGGAAGGUUCUUGAAUGCCUCCUACUUCCUCCCAAGUCUUCCUACAACCGCGGGAACUACGUAUUUUCUGAUUAUUUAUGUAAACUCCCCUCCAAUUCUCUUAUCUCCUUAGUUUAGUCAUCAAUUAUAGUUUUAAUGUGAUUUAUGACGAUCA